UGCUUUAGCACCCACCAAUUGACUAUCACCUUCCAACUAACAAUUAGAAUGCGAAAUAAAAAAAGUCCUGAUUGAUGCAACCUGCUGGCAAUUAUUAUCCAAUUGUGGCUGGUGCUAGAUUUCCGUAUAUAUAGACGCUGUGAAUAGCACAGCUUUGCAGUGUUUGAAAAAAUUUGGAGAAAUAUAUUGCUUGACAUGGACACCGUAAAUAAGCCUAUUACAAUAGAAGAGUUCUUUGAAUUUCAGAAAUUUCAGCAAGUUCUUCAUUUUUUACACUUCAAAUUUUAUCGCAAUGAUGAGGGACGCAUAGUUAACAGAUCGGUAUUGGUUUUCUUCACGGGAUUUUCUUUGGACUUCUGGUUUUUUGCUGUAAACUGCUUUGAUAUUAUCCGGUCGCGGUAUCUAGGCGAGAUUUCCAAUCAAAAUCUGCCUGUCCUAAGUAUAUCGGUUUAUUAUACGAUACGAGGAAUCAUGUUGUAUAUGAAGCGACACGACAUUGUCGACUUCAUCAACGUGAUGGAUCGCGAAUUUCCAAAAGAUUUGGCUACACAAAAGGUGCUCCAAGUGCCGGACAUAUAUGAGCGGCAUGCCAAGCGCCAAAGAUAUGUCGGUUACUUUGCAUAUUGUGCACUUGGCGGCUUCUGCAUGGCACCGAUUAUUUUUUACAUACACGACUAUGACGGCCGGAGUGCGCCCAUCCAGCUGGACCAUCAGCUGCUUGGAGGUUGGCUACCUUUCAAUCUCAGGCAGAACCAUAACGUUUAUCCUUUGGUGUGGCUCUACGACGUCUACGCGAUGUUAGUCGGGGUCACCUACUUCACCACCUUCGACACGCUGUUCAGUGCGCUGCAGACGCAGCUGAUCAUGUAUCUGGGCGGCCUGCGUAGGCAGAUAGAGCAGCUCGAUUGCGCCGAGAGUGUGAAUCCCAUUAAUGAGCGACAGUUCUAUGAGCGCAUCAACGGUAUGAUACGCCGGCAACAGGAGAUCAAUUUGUUAUGCGAGAAGUUCAUUGACAUUUUUAAGCUUUCGAUUUUUAUAAGUGACCUGGUGGGCGCAACGUCUAUCUGUUUCCAUUUGUAUUUAAUGAGCGAAGCGGAUGAUAUGCUAACAGUUGGCAAAUACUUAUGCCCCACCAUGGCUUUGGUGAUCUUCACUUUUGAGUGCUGCCUGCGUGGCACACAGCUCGAGGAGGCGUCUGCUGGCUUGAAUGAGUCAUUGUAUAACCAAAACUGGUACGCUGGCAGCAAGAAGUAUCGCAGGCUGAUUGUGAUCUGGAUAAGAUAUACUCAGUGUACUCGAAAAUUAACUGCUUAUGGCUUGGUAGAAGUGAACAUGAUGCACUUCUCGGACAUUAUGCAACUUGCCUACAGACUGUUCACUUUUCUCAAGUCACGACAGUAGAUAUGCAGAGCAUAAGGUCUUAUCCUGGUCGCAAUCGACACUCAGUCAAAAAACGGAGUUAAUUUUUUGCAGAAUAUAUAGAAGAAAGAUAAACCACAAUUUGAUUAGCAGCGUUCAAUCUUAAGCACACAGUAAUCCUAGCUCUAAUAUAUGCCUAUAUCAAUUUAGUUU